AUGGCACCGAUACCGUGUACGAAUGUUCUUUUUGUUGCUUACAAACCGUCAUCUUCAGGUUCAACAUCAUUUGUCGAGGAGCCUGGCAUCACCCAGCACAAGCAUGCUGCUCUGGAGUACCACAGGAGGGUGAAAUUCCAAAGACUCGCCCGACCAGACGCGCCAACACAGCUGCCGAAAGGCAAGAGCAGCAGACAUAUUCGACAAUUGCAAUCAUCUUCGCGUCGUCCCUUGUUACCCCGCAGCAAUACUUCUGCCAGUGACGACGAGGAAAACAACAAAUCUUCGCUCGCCAUAUUGGACUUGGGCGCGGGCCAGCUGGAUCCAUUCAAUGUUGCCGUCCCCGGAGAUCAGCCUCACUAUGUUCUGGAGAUGCUAGAUCACGCAGCCUCCUAUCAAUGGCCCGUAUUCUCCACCUCCAAAACUAAUGCCUCGGUGGCCAACAUCAAACACGCUGUCUUCUCAUCUGCCAUGGUCAGUCCAGCAUCAUUCUAUACUAUAAUCUUUGCGGGGGCCACACACAACGCGUACGCUCACACCGGUAUGGACGUUCCGAGAGAGAACAAGAUGCUGAGGCUAUCAUACAAGUUUCAAGCCAUCAAAGCUGUCAAUGAGGAGAUCAAAGCCCUGAAGGGCGAGCCUUCGGACGACUUGCUCCUGUCCAUGAUCACCCUGGCAGCCCAUGGAAAUGGUGAGCAACUAGAACCGCCUGGAAAGGCGCCAAAAAGCCUUCUAGCCACUGCGCAGAACUUUGAUUAUUACGGGACUAUCAGGUGGGAGCUGGCGCACUACCACGCCAUCGCACCACUCAUCGAACGAAAAGGCGGCCUCCAUGCGGUGAAGAUACCUGGUUUAGCAAACGCCCUAGAAUUGAGCGGCAUCUUCAUCUCAUUCAGCCAUCUCUCCAAACCGUCCUUCCCACUUCUCACGCCUACCAGCCUUGUCAUGUCUAGCUGGCCUCAUCCUAUAGCACCACUUUCAGCAGUUCGUAAUGAUUUAUGCAAGGGCUUCGACUCCCUGCACAGUACCUUCACUUCGUCGUCCCUGUUCUCCAUGAUUCAGACCAUACGCACAAUAACGAUCGGUUUCUCAAUGUACACUGAUCGUCAUCCACAGGCACCUUCAUUGGCACACAUUGUUUGGGCCCGGAAUAGCAUUUCACAUGAUCUCCUUUCACUCCCACCCGCCGCCAUGAACGUGCCUCUCGACCCAGAAACGGCCAUCUACGAAGCGAUUCGCUACAGCGUUCUGGCAUAUAUGCUACUUGUCCUCUUCCCCAUACCAGUUUUCUCGGGGAGUCACAUCAAGGUCGCAACGAGAUUAUUGACCGCUCUCGAUGAUUGCAGUCAACUCGACCUCUGGGACGAAUGGUCUGGUUUACUCCUCUGGAGCUCUCUUCUUGGCGGCAUGCUAGGCCACCAUGAUGGAGAUGAGGAUCCGGGUUCAACACCGUCCACGGAAGCAGAUCAGGGAGGCAUUACGUUGACGUCGCGGUUCGUGAAGAUGACCACAAAGGCGGACGUAAAACACAAACCUAGCGCAUGGGGUCUAGUAAGAGACAUCUGCGGGAGAUUCCUGUGGUUUGAAGGCGAUGAGUGUGAAGGAGUGGGCAAGUCGUUCUGGAAUCUGGCUUGCGAGAGCAUCCUCCCCGAGAAAUCAUACGGUGGGACGGGAAGUGUUUUGUUUUAGUCAAGUUUACUGCCUGGUCACCUCGAGCUGCGGCGUCAACUGAGCGUUUUGAGGGAGCUGCGGCCGAGGCCAUCCUCUUUGUAUUUUCUGGCUCC